CUCACACACACACACUGAGCUCAGGAGUUUAAUGAGAAACAACAUGAAGCUGUGGACGCUGCCUCUCGUCAUCACUUUACUGCACAGUCCUGUCUGUCUGUCAGUGACUGUGAGCAGCAGCAAACCCCAAGUAGAAGUCCACGAGCACACAGAUGCAGUACUGACAUGUGAGUUCAGGACAGAAAAAGACCAGAACCCUCGAAUCGAGUGGAAGAAGAAGGGAAAGGGUGUGACAUUUGUGUACUUUAAUCACAAAUUCACUGGGCCUUAUGCAGAACGGGCCAAGAUAGAAGGCGCGACGCUGACGAUACAUUUGGUCACUCAGAAAGACUCGGGGGAGUAUCGCUGUGAGGUGACCGCCAGUGAAGACCAUGUCAGUCUGGGAGAAGCAACUGUAACCCUCAAUGUGCUCGUGCCUCCUCAUGUGCCGUCCUGCGAGGUGCCGAGCUCCAUAUUUGUCGGCUCGGGCCUGGAGCUCCUCUGUAAGGACAAACUGAGCGUCCCUCCUGCCACCUACCGCUGGUACAAGGACAACAAGGUGCUGAUGGCCACGACAGACACUCCUUACAGCAUUGACACAAACAAGGGCACACUGAAGAUUAACAGUGUGUCCAAAAUGGACACGGGGAUGUACCGCUGUGAGUCCUCCAACAGUGUGGGGGCGCCCAAGAGUUGUGUGGCCCAACAACUGAAAGUUAUGGACUAUCCCCUGAACAUGACCGUCGUGAUCGCAGGCGCUGCAGGUUUGCUGGCGCUCGUCCUCUUUUGCUGCAUCUGUAUGUGCGUGUGUCGACAUCGAGGCUGCCGCAACGGAAAUUACCAAGGACUAGGAGAUGUAAGAGAAGGGAAUCACACAAAAAGCACCAAGUCCUACAACCCUCCACCUCCUCCUCUUCCUCCCACCCGCAACCUCAAGCACUACAAACAAGCCCAGUCCUUCAUGAUCUGAGGCACGAUGUCUUCCUCGGUCCAAAAUCCAAUAUCUGAAGUGUAUCUGGCACUGGAGACUGGCUGUCGCCGUGCUUUUGGACAUCUGCUCGUCUCUGCCUUGGACCGACACAUCAAAUAUCAACCCAAAGAGCAAAACAGUUUUUACUCCAGAAGUUUUGUGUUGCCAGUUUGGAGGAGUCUUCCUGUACACAAAAACACACUCACAGUACUGUAAUUAUUUUUUAAAUGCUGUGUAAUAUAUUUCAUUAUCGUCUUUUUUCUUUGGUGUGUUUAGUGUGACAUUUGAAAGAAAGGCUUGUUGUAUUCUUACUUUUUCUAUGAGUUUUAAUGUUUUUUUUGUUGGUUCUCUUAUGUCACCUACAGGCCAGUAUUUGUAACUAUCCACAAAAAAUAUGCCAAAGAUUGUAAAUUUAUUGUGUCACAAAUGUAUGUAUCCAAAGCUUUUCUUUUUAUCCUUUGUCAAUUUGAUAUAUUUUGUAAACGUGUUUGUGUUUUUAUGUCAUGUUUUAUCUCAUUUCAUUUCAUUUUGGUUGUAGAAAUUUUACACGAUGAGAUGAGUCGAGUGAUAAAUGAACAGGUGUCUGCACGCACUGAA